AAGGUCAAAUUCUCUGUACUUGUAUCAUACCUUAAGUCUAUUGGUACUUGCAUGUCACUGACUAUCAUCUCCAUGUUCCUGAUGAUGGAAGCUUGCACAGUUGGCGCGGGAGUGUGGUUAGCUUACUGGAGCUCUGCAAAUAUAACGACAAAUGAAAAAAGAAACUUUUAUCUCGGUGUUUAUGGUGGUAUUGGACUUGGUCAAGGACUGUUCACCUUUCUACAGGCUAUAACUGUUGUUCUUGGAUCCAUGGUGGCCUCGCGCAGGUCAGAUGUUUUACCUUAUUUGCACAUAUUUCGUGUCAUUUAAGUAGUAAGUGAGAAAAAAAAGGUUAAGCAUCACGCCAAAGAAUAGCUCAACAGCUUUCACUAAAGCUAUAGUUUCAGUCCACUGACUCUAAGACGGACACCUUUGGGAUCGCACUCAGAGUCCGUCUCAGAGAAAUGUCUGUCUUAUACAGAGUCAGCUAAAAAAAGUGAAAAAAAGGCAGGGACCACUUCUAGGUGUUCGUUUACGCGAGGUGUCCGUUAAGAGAGAGCUGAAUGAGUUAAAAGUAACAUUGUAGAGAAAAUGGGUGUUACUUGGCGAUGCAGAAAGUCCGGGGGGGGGAACUCCCCUAUAUAAGCCAUAUAGGUAUGUGCCGCCCCAAAGGGUAGGGUUUUGCGCCGUUUUGGUCUGGAAUCGGGUGUGGCUUUCAAGGGAACUACGGGCGUGUCCGAACGUAUUUAUCGUUUCAAUUCCAAAUGAGUAAGAAAGAAAGAGAAAUAGGCAAUUCGAAUGGGAUUUUAAGAUGUCUUUUUUGUUGCUGUUCUAAUCUAAGUAUUGAUGACAUAAUUUCUUUAGGGCCAGGUCUGAGAAUGGGUAUAGAUUUUAGAGGUCAGGUCUGAAAAUGGGUGUGAAAAAUCAGUGACAUUUUUUGGUUUGAAAUAGGGUCAGGAUUUGGAGAACCGGGCGGCACACCCCCACCAAGAAUUCCCAGGAUUACCCCCCUCCCCUCCCCCCUCCCCCCCACUUUCCCCUUCGCACUGUGCACGCGUCCGCAAAACCAAGAAACUACCGAAAAGAUUUAAGCACCGCGGGGCCAAAGUACAUGCAGCUCAACAGCUUUCACUUAAAAUAUGGAUAUGUAGGAAUCUCCUCCUUCUCCGGAGAUAAGAGUAGAGCGUUCUGGUACAGCUAGCGUAUAUAUUUUAACAAGAGAGGAUAAUCCUCUCUUCAUUUUGCCCUUCCUCUGAUCAUAUGGAGAUCGUGUCUAAAGUAAGUGAUCGUAAGGUAGCUUUAAAAAUUGUUCGAUCAUGAUUCAAACGGUGCACGCCCGAUUUGAACAACGAAAAAAACUAAAGGCUCCGUUCAAAAAUAUCCGGGUACGUAUGGAUGGGACCUUAGUUAACAUGGUACAAUACAUUUCCUAGGAACUUCCCUCUUUUUCUUUACAGGUUGCAUAAUAUACUUUUGAAUAACAUCAUGCGUGCACCGAUGAGCUUUUUUGAUACAACUCCUCUUGGAAGAAUUGUAAACAGAUUUUCGAAGGACAUGGAUGUCAUUGACGAGAACUUACAGCGAGCUUUAACGGACUUUCUUUGGUGUUUCUUUGACGUGAUCGGGAUGAUUGUGGCGAUCAGUUAUGCCACUCCACUUUUUUUGACGAUACUACCGCCCCUUGCUGUUCUCUACAUAUAUAUUCAGGUG